AUGGAAGAAAAGCGGCAGCAGCGAGAGUUGGAAGAAAGCAGCGAAAGCGAAGAAGUUGAAGAAAAGCGAAAAGAUUGGAAGAGAAAAGCGGCGAAGUUGGAAGAAGAAAAGCAGCGAGACGGCGAGUUGGAAGAAGAAAAGCAGCGGCGAGAGUUGAAGAAAGAAGAAAGCGGCGAGAUUGAAGAAAGAAAAGCAGCGAAGUUGAAGAAAGCAGCAGCGAAGUUGGAAGAAAAGCGGCGGCGAAAAGAUGAAGAAAAAGCAGCAGCGAAGAUGGAGAGAAAGCAGCAGCAGCGAGAAGAUGAAGAAGAAAGCAGCAGCGAGAUGGAAGAAAAGCAGAAAAGCAGCAGCGAGAUUGGAAGAAAAGAAAAGCAAGCGGCGAAGAAGAUGGAAAAGCGGCGAAGAUGA